GAUUUAUGGAGCACAAUAAUCCACACGUCCCGGAAGAUCCCUCGCGAAAAGCCGCACACGCUCCCUGACGUCCCCACGCCGCUUCAGAUCCGUCUCGCUGCCCUUCUCCUUACACUCAAACGCCAGCCGGACCCGGCGCCUAUGCCCACAACUCAUCUUCAAUCGCCUGUUAAUGCUCGUCGGGAUCUUUCCUGGAGACAACUGCCGCUGUUCGAGGAGGCAGUUUAUGAAGCGCUGAAGGAUGAGCCUGGACGACGGGCGAAGUUUACCAAGAUCGAGACUGAAGGGUGGGUGAAUUUCAUGGCGUUUUUGGCGCUGAUUACGAAGGAGCGAAUCGUGGGGCUAGAGAACAUUGGAAUUGUAGUCCUUCGGGAAGCAUUGGAAGAGAGACACGACUCUAUUCCUUCGACCGAAGAGAAUGAUAACAUGAAGGCGGAUGAGGCGACGCGGUUGAAUGUGUUUGUAGCUGCGGCGGCUAUUUGGGCGGUUAUCAUGGGGGAAGAGCUGUGGGAGCGAACGGGGCAGAAGGAGGAGUGUCCAGUGGGCCUGUCUCUGGGGCCUGCGCCUAAGCAACUCAUCGGAGAAAUUCCUAAACGGCGUUGGGAAAUGUGGAUUGAUCGACUUCAAUUCUUGAGCCUGCGCGAAGAUCUUAGGAUAUGUACAAGAGAGUUGGCAGCGGAAGCCGCCGCUGUUAUGAUGCGGGUUCUAUAA